UUUACAUUUAAAUGUUUACUUUCAAUUAUAUUUAAUAUAUUAUUUAAUAUAAAUAUAUCCACAAUCCCACAAGCCACGUCACCUUCUCCUAUCCGAAACCGUAACCCUCACGCCGCCAAAUGCCGCCACGAAGCCGCCGGACCCAACAUCGACGGCGGCGGCCUAUCCAGCUUCCCCGAGAAGGUGCUCGACGCGAGCCUCGCGGGAGCCAAACCCCCCCGACCUCGCAGAAUCAUCCUGGUGCGGCACGGCGAGAGCCAGGGCAACGCGGACGAGCGCGUGUACACACGCGUGGCCGACCCGAAGGUGGUGCUGACACAGCAGGGGGUCGUCGAGGCGGAGGAAUGUGGCCGUGAGAUGAGGCGGAUGAUCGAGAAGGACGGCGCCGAGGAUUGGAAAGUGUACUUCUACGUGUCGCCUUACAAGAGGUCGCUCGAGACUCUAAGAAAUUUGGCCAAGGCGUUUGAUAAAUCGAGGAUUGCCGGCGUUAGGGAGGAACCCAGGUUGAGGGAACAAGAUUUUGGAAAUUUCCAGGACCAAGAACAAAUGAAGAUCCAGAAAGCUGCUAGGCAGCUUUAUGGAAGAUUCUUUUACAGGUUUCCGAACGGGGAAUCUGCUGCCGAUGUUUAUGAUAGAAUAACAGGAUUUAGAGAAACUUUGAGAAGUGAUAUUGACAUUGGAAGAUUUCAGCCGCCCGGUGAGCAAAGCCCGAACAUGAACUUGGUGAUUGUCUCUCACGGGCUGACAUUGCGUGUCUUUCUGAUGAGAUGGUAUAAAUGGACUGUGGAGCAAUUCGAAGGGCUUCAUAAUUUAGGCAAUGGUAAGAUGGUCGUCAUGGAAAGAGGCUAUGGUGGAAGGUAUUGUCUGUUAAUGCACCAUACAAGAGAAGAGCUAAAGGAGUUUGGAUUAACAGAUGCUAUGCUCAUUGACCAAGAAUGGCAAAAAUGCGCGAGGCCGGGCGAACUGAAUUAUGAUUGUGAGAUAACCGGACCAUCGUACUUCACCCACUUUGAAGGUGAUCACGAGGAUCUAUUCAUUGGGUAAUAUAUGCGAACCCCGUGAAAGAAACCAAACCGUUAUUAGGUGAAAGCUCGAAAAUUAGAGUCUGGUUGAAUGAGGAGUUCAACAGAGCAGCCAACAAAUAACUGAAACUUAUGCAGAUAUGAUCUAAGAGAAAACUACACAAAAGGAGAUGUCAGUUAAUGGAGUCGAGCACCAGAAAACUGUGGAGUGUAUGUGAUGAUGAAAGGCCUGCAGAGCUAUUCAUGAAAAUCCAGCUACUGUUCGGGAGACUACCUCAUAUAUCAGCAGAUUUAAGUUGAUAUUUCGGUGAGGAAGUCUAGGACUAAUUGGUGAAAUUAUGUAUUGAUGAAGAUCAGAAUAUCAGUGUAAAUUUCUUCUAUCUCAAAUAAGAAUCAAUGUUGGUAUAUUAUAUAAACUAGUACAACACCCGUGUAUUACAUGGGU